AUUCGGGCAACUACAACAGCUACGAAUCAAGGAGUCGUGAUAAGUUCUCAUCCCGUUAUGAAAAUCGAAAUGAAGCAAAGAGAUCUUACAGGGAAAGCUCCCGCGACAGGUCCGAUGAUCGCAAACGUCCACGUCAAGAGAAUAUAGAAAAAGUAUAAUUAGCGAAAAAUAUAAAUAUGCUAUGUGAAAGUCUUCGAUUGAGCACAGUAAAAAAAAGUGAAAAAGGAUCGACUAUAAAAAAAUAAAACGAAUCCUUGACUUUGACUAAGUGAACUUUAUCUAGCGAAAAAGAGUGUAAGCAAAAACAUUAAACAUCAAACAUCAAAACAAACUGAGACUGAAGAACUGAUAAGAACACAGAAUAUCAAUCAUAUCAGUCCUAAAAUGUAAAUGCAACAAAUGCCCCAAAAAGCGUGCGUUUUUUUGAAAAAGCAUUUUUUCAAGUCAUACAUGUCUUUUUACAUUUCAAAUAUAUGUAUAAAUAAUUCAACUUCGAUAACACAACGUCUACUGAGCUUAAAAACCUCUCUAUGUGAAAUGUUAAGCAUCAUUCUUUGCUGAGACUCUUUUGUCCAACACAUUUAGGAAUAAAAUUCUUAAUAUUCUUAGCCGAUUGGAGAAUAUGUUGCAUCCUCUCUAUAGAAAUAAAAACUAAAAAAUAAAACCAAAAAUGCGAAACUGAAUGAAAAACAAACAAACAAAAAUUUCCUCCUCCCCUUUGUUACACAGGACUCAAGGCUAAGUUCAAACUAUGCCGGCGGCUCAUCAUCUUACCGCAGUCGCAACGAAUCAAGUCGUAAUCGCGCCAGUUCGCCCAGCGGCUACACAGGACGUGGUGGUUCCUCGUCGUCCUACCGUCGGGGCACGAGAGAAGACUCUGCCAGCAGACGACACGGAGCAAAUGAUUCGAUGGGACCCCCAAAACGACCCGUACGCAGCAGCUAUGUAGUGCGUCCCCGCGGCAGCGGCGCAAUCAGUCGCCUUAGAGGCACUGGAGCCAGCCGCGGCGGAAUGCGUGUAAUCCGCAAAGAAGCAUCGGACAUGAGAAUCAUGCGACGACAACUGCUUUUAGCACGUCAAAGAGAUCGUGCGCGAUUGAUUAAAAUCGCCCGAUUAACGAGUUCAUUGCGCAAGCGUAAAGGUCCUCGUUCAUCUGAGAGUCCAAGUGGCCGUAGCAAGUCGCGUGGUGCCGACAAGAAAUCAGACAACGAAGAGGAGGAAAGGGAUGAACAGUUAUUAGAUGAGGAUGCGAUCGAAGGAGAAGAUGGUCCACCAAAAGAAAAGCGAGUCAAAAAGAAAAAAUCAUCGUCUUCUUCGGCAAAGAAAGAAUCUGCCGAAGGGGAGGAUGUUGCUGACGACGAAGAUGCAAAGGAUAAAGAUGCUGACGACGACGCCGAGGGUGCAUCAGAUAAAGAGGAAGAUGCUGAUAAGUCGGCUAAAAAGGAUACAUCGGAUGCGGUUGAUGAAGAAGAUGGUGACGAGGAUGAAACCAAGGAAGGUAAGAAAACGUCAUCGGCUAAAAAUGCCGAUGGAGUUGAUGAAGAAGGUGGUAAGGAAAAAGAAUCCAGCUCGAAGGAUAAGAAAGAAAAAGACCGCAAGGAUGAGAGUGGCAAGGAUAAGAGUCGCAAUAAACGGAGCCGUUCACCGGCGCACAAGUGGGCUUCAUUCAUCAAGCUGACUUGUGUUCAUUGUCGUAUGAAUUGUCUUACUUUUAAGGAGUAUCACAGUCAUUUGUAUUCGAGGACUCACAAGAUGGCUAUGCGUCGAGUGGCAAUACGCCAGCGUGUGACCCUCGCCCGUAUGCGUACUCAACAGCGACAUGCACAGCGCGCCAUUGAUGAGAAAUACAAGGACCAUUCAGAGACAACCGAACCACAGUUCUGUAUGCUCUGUCGAUUGAACUAUCGACAACCUAAGGCCAAGCAUCAAUUGUCCGAGCAUCAUAAGGAUAUGAAGAAAUUCUUGAUGCCAUACUGUUCGACUUGCCAUGUCGCAUUCAAGAGCCCUAUGAUUUACGAAGCACAUCGUUGUUCCUUGGAACAUAUUCGGCGUAAGGCUAACAGCAAUGACAAUCAGAGCGAAGCAAGUGGAGGUGAAGAGAAGGAAGUCGAUCUCAAGAACUUCAUGACAGUCGACUCUAUUGGAGAAAUUGAUGAUCUAGACGAUGAAGACUUGGAAAAGCACUUGGAUGAAGAUCCCUCUACCCCAAGCAAAGAAAAGGUUCCAGUUGGAUCGCAUUUCAUUAAGAAAGUUGAAGCAUUCUAUUGCGAACUGUGUCGCACAUACAACAGUAUCAAAGAAGAUCAAGAAGCCUACAUCAAACAGCAUUGUAGUUCUCGUAGCCAUUUGAAGUCGUUCUUGCGUCAUCGUGAGGAUGAAAAUCUGCAGGCAAAGGCUGAGCGCGCUGAGAAAAAGGACAAAAGUACGAAGAAAGAAGCAGCAGAUACCACCGAAACUGUGAAAAAUGAAGAUGAGGAGGAAGAGGAGGGCGAAAAAGAGGUGGUUGAAGAAGCAGAAGUAGAGGAAGUUGAAGAUCACGAAGAAGCAGAAGAAACUGAAGAAGUUGGUGAGGAUAAGCUAUGGGAAGAUGUUGACAAGGAUUUGGGCGAUCUGCUGCGUGAAGUCGGUCCUGAAGAUCAUGAUGGCGAAGAAGAGGAGGAAGAUGAAUCAGUCCUUAAUAUAGAUAUUGAAAGUGAAAAGUCAAAACCGAACAAAGAAGUAAACGGCAAAAAGGAAGAACCCACACCGCCGCCGACUGUUGCUCCAGCUGAGCCAGUUGUUGAAGAAGAAAAACCCAAAAAGGAAGUACAAUCCACGCCAGUAGUAAAGCUUAGAAAAGAAAAGGUCGAAGCCAAGAAUACUCCAGUUAAAGCAGGUCCUGCGUCGGCAAAAAUAAAUUCAACAACAAAGGCAGGUCCAGCCUCGUCCAAGAAAAUGACUGCUGCAGCUAAAGAAAAAAAGACAGUCGAAGUAGCAACAGAAAAAGCAUAAUGACUUAAUAUAGUAGUCUUUUUUUUAAUUAAAUAACUUAACUUAAUCUUUACGCUAGGUAAAACAAAAAAAACAUUAAUCUAUGUGAAAAAAAUACAAAACUGAACAAAAAAAAUAAAUAAAAGCCCUUCUAGAUAAAUAAAUAAGAAGGUUAACAAACUA